UUUAUUUUUGCUGCUGCAGUAAUUGAUUUGUUAUUGUGUCUUUUAAUCGCCAAUAAUCAAUAUGUCGUAUUGAUAAUGUGAUCAGUUGUAAUUGACAGUUCUGCUCAAUUAUUGUGCCGAUGUUUAUUGUUUGGAGACUUUCUUAACGAUAUUAUGGUUACCGACCUGUACAAACAAAUGAAGGAACAAAAUCACCCCACGCCUACUAGAUCGAUAAGCAGCGCCGCCAAUUUGACAUCACUCUGUGUUGAUAUUUCGCCUAGUUCGAGUAAUUUUUUCGAGGUACUUUAUAUAGGAAAAAUAAAAGUAUGGCAAAAGAAAGUUCCUGACAAUUUUAUAGACGAGGCACUAGACAAAUUCAAGGCACACGAACUGGAGAAACAUAAAUUAAGACAACUGGGAAAUAUAGGGAAGCUGAAAAGUGAGAAUAAUAUACUUCGAAGAGGAUCAACGGAUUCCAGCGCCAGCGAACCCAGCUGCGAAGAACCACUCAACGCACCUUCGGUACCACCGCUUUUGCGCUCACAGUCCGUCCAUUCGAACCUGAUCGUCAAAAGGGCAACAUCUCUGGAAGAAGAAUCUCCAAGUAAUCCGGGCAAUCCCACCUCUCCCUGCACCCAUGUCGACAAUGACUCCAACAACAACCCCAGCAAUGACAGUUCCUCGGUCGGAUACGUCAAAACUCCGGCUAUUAUCGACGACCACAAUCGCACCAUGGUGCUGCAAGUGGACAGAACUGAUUUAAGACUGAUAAGUCCAGAUAGGAAGGUUAUUCUGUUGCAGAAACAUCAUAGAGAUGUCACCACUUGUCUACAAGGACAAUUGAAUCCAGAGCACUUUGGAUUCGUUUGUGGAGAAGGCAAUAAUUCUAACAUCCAUAUAGGGUAUGUUUUCAAAUGUGAAUCGUCUUCCAUAGCUAAUGAUGCAAUGGCAGCAAUCACUCAAGCGUUCUUACAUGCAGAAUCCAGGCCUAGGCAUUCUAUAACAUCCUGUGAACACUGCCCAAUGGUGUGGUUCCAUAAACUGUGCAUGGAGAUUGAAAAUAUGUCUGAUAGAAAAACGCAGGCUGCCAUUCUGAGAAGGUUAGACCAACUGGAUGACGACGAACGCUGUAUCGUUCUCACGAAAUUUCGCGGCGCAGAAACGGACUCAGCCAGAGAGCAGAAUGAGUUCCUAAUGAUGCUGUUGCGUGCGCACUGCGAGAUGAAGCAGGCCAGGCAUGUGCAUGACACGGCCGAGAACAGGUCGGAGUUCCUCAACCAGUAUUUGGGUGGCGGUACCAUCUUCACCAAGGCAAAGAGGUCGUUGAGCAACUCCUUCGACCAGCUGUUGAAGAGGAAGGCGUCCAAGGACGAUUUCGGAGUGACCUUGAAGGGGGUGAACACGCCCGGACAGAAUAAUCCCAACAGGGAGUCACAUUCACCAUCUCCAAGCAUCAACAAUGACAUCUCAGACAGAGAAUCUGAAGGUGGUAGAUCCCGUUCGUCUACCAUCGGUUCACAAAGUGACCUUAAAGAUACACACCUAGGUGUUCGAGACAACGGCCAGAACAGCUCCAUCUCACCCGAAAGGGGAAUGGCUAUCGAUAAAGGACCGAAAUCGCCAAUGUUGGAUAUUUUCCUUAAAGUGGGGAAUAGCCCCAAAGCUUCUGUUGGGGAAGAUGGGUCUCCGAAUAGAUUAGAUGCCGGUUCAUGGCGUCAAGCCAUAUUCAAACGUGUGAUAACGCCAAGUAAACUAGAAAACUCAGAGCAUCCACCCAGGAAAAGGACCAAAGAGGACCUGAGAAUAUUGUGGAAGAAAUCCAUCUACCAGGCGAUACUGUUGGUUAGAAUGGAGAAGGAAAACGCUAGAAUUCGAGCUAAACAAGAGGAGUCCGCCGUGAAAAGAAUCAAACUCGAAUACGACGAAAUGAGUUCAGCCCGAAGAGAAGUGAUGGACGUGUGGGAAAUGGUGACGAGCAAAGAGGGCGGUCGCAUCAAGUGCGACCACCAGAUGCUGCUGCAGGCGAUCAGACAGGGGGUGCCGAGAGGCAAGCGCGGGGAGGUGUGGAAAUUCCUGGCGGAGCAGUUCUGCCAGCAGGUGGCGCCAGUCGAUGCGGCGAAGCAUCCCAAUUACAAUGUGCCGUACGAGACGCUGUUGAAGCAGCUCACUGCACACCAGCACGCCAUUUUGAUAGAUUUAGGACGUACCUUUCCGAAUCAUUCAUACUUCAGCAGCCCGCUAGGACCAGGUCAACUUGCCUUAUUCAAUCUCCUGAAAGCUUAUUCCUUACUGGAUCCUGAAGUCGGAUACUGCCAAGGACUGAGCUUCGUGACAGGAAUCCUACUAUUACACAUGGAAGAAUUUCAGGCCUUCACUCUCCUGAGGCACUUGAUGUUCAGGCGGGGCAUGCGCUCUCAGUAUCUGCCCGACAUGGUCAGUCUUCAGAUCAAACUCUACCAGCUCUCGAGGCUGCUGCACGAUCAGCUUCCGGAGUUGUAUGAGCACUUUGAUUCUUACGAUGUGGCGCCUACUUUGUACGCUGCUCCUUGGUUGCUCACAGUGUUCGCUUCGCAGUUUCCUUUGGGAUUCGUCACUAGAGUGUUUGAUUUAUUGUUUAUGGAAGGUCCAGAUGUAAUCUUCCGGGUUGCGCUAGCCCUUUUGUCAUACCACAAAGAAAAACUGUUGCUCUGCGACAGUUUCGAAGAAAUCAUGAACUACCUCAAAGUCCAACUACCCAACAUAGACAAAUCGAUAAUGGACAAGAUAAUGAAAGAGGUAUACACAACAGAUUUCGCAAAGCAACUCAACGAAUACAAAGUGGAAUACCAUGUGCUGCAAGAAGAAACCACCGCCGUGAAGCCCCACGUAGAAGCCCUUCAAAAACAGGAAUUCCAGAACAGAGUACUCGCCGAACAGAAGAAACUCCUGAUGACCCAGCUGGAAACCACAAUUUCCAAUGUGAACCGCCUCGAGAAAACCAGAGCCCUCCAACAGUCCCAGCUGAACCGACUGGAAAUGCAAAACAGAGGACUGAACGUGACCAUUGCAACGCUAGGCGAAUUCAUAAACUCUCUGGUGGAACAAAACGUGGACGUGGAAAUUCCAGACGACGUUCAAAGGAUACUGGCUCAGCUGUCGUUCACAGAACGGAGGAACGCUAAUGUUAGACCGCCGAGGUCUCCCGAGAAGAUCAUGGUGAAGGCCAAUAGUACCGGGAAGAUCAACCUGCCUCUCAACCUCAACCAGGACCAAUUCAGAGCCAACAGCCUCAACAACAACUCACCCAUGGACAGAACCUCCAGGUUCUUCUCGAAUUCCCACAACGACAUUCUCCAGGGUCGGUCAUCGUGCACGCGACUAUACAAAAAACGUCAAAAUCAGCAGUGUCAAGUAAGUUUAGGAACUCUAAUAGAAUCUAGUGUCAGGCUUAAGUUAGGUUAAUUUCAGUGACAGUUUGUGUACAAUGUGAUUUUUUGUCCAGUACUGGUCGAGUACCUCUCUCUCAUUUUACGUCUUUUAAGAGUGUUUGAAAGAUCUUAAUAUCUACUUAAAUUUCAAUACACUAUUAUUAUAAGAGAUGGAAUCUCAUCUUUCCGUACCUUUUCAUUGAACAAGUGUAUUAUUAUGCAUAUUAUCAUAAUUUGAAACCCUAACAGUGGCGUAGUUAUAUCAAUAUUAUAUCAUUGAAUGUAUUUCCAUGAAAGGGAUAUUGGAAUUUGAAGCUUUAACAAACACUUGGGAUGUCUCCUCGUCUUUGGGCCACUCAAAUGUAACCAUCAAUUUCAGAAUUUUUGCAAUACGUUACCGAACAGAAGUACCAAUUUCAUUUUCAGAACUGACGUUUUAAAUCUGAGAAUGAUGAUAAUUCGGAAAUGUCAGUGGUGACAAGCGUGUCCUCACUCUCAAAAGGGCGUGAAAUGAGAUGUUCGAGGCACUCUAGUGGUGAAAAUACUGACUCAAACAGGAAUCAUUGCAUUGAAGAAACACAAACUGGGAUGGUUUAGGAAAAUAGAUUUUAUUUCAUUUUAUCACGUUAC